GCGCGCAAAGGCCGGCGCGUGCUCGUUCUCGUCUUGUACGCGCACCUGCACGCGCACCAGCCGCGCGCCCGCUCCUCCCGGGCCCUCGGCGCGUACAGUGAGAGCGCGCCACGCCGGGCCCGCCUCGAAGUCCAGGGGCCGAGCCAAGUACAAGCGUCCUGAGGCCGCGUCCAGGGCGAAGGUGCCCUCCGGGUCGGCGCCGCCCACCAGCGUGUAGGUCUCCCCCUCAUACCAGUUAGUGUGUACAGGAUGGUGCCAUUCUCCCCCUCAUCUGGAUCCUUGGCCUGCAGAGUCGUCACCAGUGUUCCUGGAGGCACGCGAUCUGAGAAAGAGCCAGAGGAAGCAGAAGGGGAUAGGAUCACAGGUGCAGGGAUUAAACGUGGAGAGGAGGAAGGACUCCUAUCCUCUGGGAUGCUACUCCCAUCUGUGAACUAGGUAUGGUCUGCGUUUUGAAGAGGCACAUCCGUCAGGUCUCCUUGGAAGCAGUGUACCUGGGCCAGGAUCUCAGCACAAUCAUGAAGCGGGGGUCUGCAUCAAGAUUGGGAACCCACGACGAUCGACUGACCUGCUGGCCCGGCCGGAAUGGUCAUUUAACAGUGUAUGUGUAGGGGGGUUAAAACCUAAGAGUGCUCCUGGAAACAAUGGAGAUUUUUGUGUUACCUGUGGUCAACUAUGUCUGGCAGCAGAUGAUCCUCUUUCUGAUACAUCAAAAGAAGGUAAAGAGGAAUAAACAUACAUGGGAGAAGGAAACGAAACUUCUGUGGCUGAAUUUAUCUUGCUGGGACUUUCACAAGAUCCAAAGAUCCAGAUCCUGCUGUUCUGUGUUUUCCUUACCAUUUAUCUUCUCUCCCUGCUUGGAAACCUGCUUAUAAUAAUCCUCACUCAAACUGACUCUCGACUUCACACUCCCAUGUACUUUUUCCUCAAAAACUUGUCCUUUGCUGACCUCUGUUUCUCUACAAGCAUCGUUCCUCAGAUGUUGGUCCACUUCCUCGUAAAAAGGAAAACCAUUUCCUUUGCUGGAUGCUCACUGCAGAUAACUGUCUUCCUUCUAGCAGGAUGUACAGAGUGUGUACUUCUGGCAGUGAUGUCCUAUGACCGCUAUGUGGCUGUCUGCAAGCCCUUGCAUUAUUCCACUAUCAUGACUCAGAGGGUUUGUGUCCAGUUGGCCAUAGUGUCUUGGAUCAGUGGGGCAUUUGUAUGUUCAGUGGACAGUGCAUUUACACUGUGUCUCCCCUACCAGGGACAGAAUAUAAUUAAUCAUUAUUUUUGUGAACCUCCUGCACUCCUGAAGCUGGCUUCGGCAGAUACCUACAAUGCUGAGAUGGCUCUCUUUUCAAUGGGUGUGAUUAUCCUCUUGGCACCUCUCUCCCUCAUCCUUGUCUCCUACUGGCAUAUUAUCUCAACGGUGAUUCAGAUGCAGUCAGAGGAGGGGAGACUCAAGGUCUUUUCUACCUGUGGCUCUCAUCUCACUGUUGUAGUUCUCUACUAUGGUUCUGGAAUAUUUGCCUACAUGAGACCCAAUUCCAAGACAAUGAAUGAAAAGGAUAAGGUCAUCUCUGUGUUCUAUUCAGUUAUGACUUCCAUGUUGAACCCCAUAAUUUAUAGCCUGAGGAACAAGGAUGUGAAGGGGGCUCUCAGGAGGCUGGUUAGAAGAUAGUCUACCUUUGGAGGCAGUGAUUUCUGACAUUUUUCUUAAGCACUUGGAGAAUUGUGAUUACAGUAGCUCUACUAUCCUCAUCCUUCCCCCCCCCUCAUUUUAUUACCCCAGUUGAUUUUUCUUUCCACACAUAUUCAUUAAAUGCCAAAUGCCUAUUCGGUGCAAACAUGUCCAGAAAACUUUGUGUUUUCCUUAAAAGGUUUCAUUACUUCUGGGACAACAGAGAGCCAUAUUCUGUCUUGCACUCUUUUGCUUUCUUAUUGCCUCUUUUUGCAGUUUCUUCCCUGAGGGAAACAUUUUCCUAGCAAAAUAAACUCACUCUUGAAAUGUU